UGGUCAUCGCGGUGCCUGCCUGGCAGCGCGGCCGCGGGUUAUAUAAAGCCGCCACCCGCCGGCCUCGCCGCGGCAGCCAACCCGAGGUCGGUCCAUCUCAAUCCACCCACAGCUCCCCGCUCCUACCCAGAUCUCCCGGACCCGUUCAGCGCCAACUGUAGCGUCGGCGAUGGCCAGCACGGCGGCGGAGCAGCCGGCGCAGGAGCAGCAGGCCAACGGCAACGGCGAGCAGAAGACGCGCCACUCCGAGGUGGGGCACAAGAGCCUGCUCAAGAGCGACGACCUCUACCAGUACAUCCUGGACACGAGCGUGUACCCGCGGGAGCCCGAGAGCAUGAAGGAGCUCCGCGAGAUCACCGCCAAGCACCCCUGGAACCUGAUGACAACGUCGGCGGACGAGGGGCAGUUCCUCAACAUGCUCAUCAAGCUCAUCGGCGCCAAGAAGACCAUGGAGAUCGGCGUCUACACCGGCUACUCCCUCCUCGCCACCGCGCUCGCCCUCCCCGAGGACGGCACGGUCAGCUCAUCCCUUCCCUCCCUCCCAGAUCUGCCUUCCCUGUUCCUGAGCAUCAGCAGCAGCAGCCCACUGAUUUCCUGGCUCGGCCCGCAGAUCUUGGCCAUGGACAUCAACCGCGAGAACUACGAGCUCGGCCUGCCCUGCAUCGAGAAGGCCGGCGUCGCCCACAAGAUCGACUUCCGCGAGGGCCCCGCGCUCCCCGUCCUCGACGACCUCAUCGCCGACGAGAAGAACCACGGCACCUUCGACUUCGUCUUCGUGGACGCCGACAAGGACAACUACCUCAACUACCACGAGCGGCUGCUCAAGCUCGUCAAGCUCGGCGGCCUUAUCGGCUACGACAACACGCUGUGGAACGGCUCCGUUGUGCUCCCCGACGACGCGCCCAUGCGCAAGUACAUCCGCUACUACCGCGACUUCGUGCUCGUGCUCAACAAGGCGCUCGCCGCCGACGAGCGCGUCGAGAUCUGCCAGCUCCCCGUCGGCGACGGCGUCACUCUCUGCCGCCGCGUCAAGUGAGCGUGGCCAGGCCCGGCUGCCACCCCCCCCCCCCCCCACCGGCCACCGCACCGACGGCCGCCGCCGCCCGACUCCAAUCAUAGACGACGCGCAGCAUCAAUUAAUUAUUCACCGUCUUUCUUUUUUUGGCUCUUUCUUGGCCCUGUAAUCUUGGAAACUGUCAUCAUUUUCAUGCGUAAAUGUCGAGACUAUAAUAUAAAUUUCAUAGUACCAUGAAGAUCCUGCGUUUAUGCUU